AUGGAAAAUCUUCAUCUCAUUGAAGUCGCCGGGGAAGAGGCUGUCGGUCCAAGGACUGAAACUGCAGCACCUGAAAACAAAGGUGAAGCAGAGAAAUCUGGUAAUGCUGUGAAGGAGGACAGCGAGAAUCCACCUCCGCCAAAAGUUCGCAAAAGGCCAGAGGUUAUCCCUGCAAAUGAGAUUGGAGUCACAUUUGCAGACAUUGGUGCAUUGGAUGAUAUUAAAGAAUCACUUCAGGAGUUGGUCAUGCUCCCACUUCGAAGACCAGAACAUUUCAAAGGUGGGCUUCUUCAGCCUUGUAGAGGCAUAUUGCUUUUUGGUACUCCUGGCACUGGAAAUACAAUGCUGGCAACAAAAGCCAUUGCAAAUGAAGCGGGGGAGCAAGUUUUAUCAAUGUCUCGAAGUCCACCGUCACUUCAAAAUGGUUUGGAGAAGAUGAAAAAAUAG